UCCCCCCUUCGGCCGCUUCCGUGCUCUGAUUGGCUCGCCUGCAUGCCCUUCACCCCUCGCGUAGCACCCCCGCAGACGAGUUCCCCCGGCCCCUCUCCGCUCUCCAACCGCCCUGCAGAGCGAGCGCCCCGCGGCCACGUCGGUGUCGGUCGUAUCAAGCCGCAGAAGAGCCAGGCGGGGAAAGCAGCCAUGGGCGCCAGGUUGGAGAUGCUGGUGUGGGGCGCCUUCCUCGGCGCUGUCGUCGGGGUCGCCUCUGGGGCGGGGCCCCAGAUCUCAGCCACUCCCGAGGUGACUGCGGGAUCCAACGUGAUCAUUUCCUGCAACAUCAGUGAACCACGGACUACCGCCAAAGGCUACUGGAUGAAGGGGGAAACGAAGCUUGAUUCAAAUGAGACUACGCCGGAAUUUACCUCCUACUUGAUCCCGAAAGUGGAUCACGAGACCUCAGGGGAAUACCAUUGCAUCUUUGACACAGUGCCCCCUUUGAAAGGGACCGUGUACGUGAAAGUCAAGCCGCACGUGGUCGCCUACAAGAAGUCAGAGCACGGGAACGAGGGGGACAUGGGGCUGCUGACGUGCAAGAGCACUUCCUACCCUGCUGUCACCCACUGGCGUUGGUUCAAGGUGGAGGGCGAGGCCUUCCAGCUCAUCGUCAAUGGCUCCGAGGAACGGUUCUUCAUUCAAUCUGAAGGCAACAAGACAGAACUGCGGAUUGUCUCCCUAAACCUUCAGAAGGACCCGGGCGAGUACUUGUGCAACGGCACCAACGACCUGGGCGAAGGGAGCGCUCUGGUGGGCCUGCGGGUGCGCAGCCGCCUGGCAGCCCUGUGGCCGUUCCUGGGGAUCGUGGCCGAAGUGCUAGUCCUCGUCACAAUUAUCUUCAUCUAUGAGAAGAGGAGGCAGCCCAACCAGGUCCCUGAUGAUGACGAUGGAGGUUCCGCCCCACUGAAAAGCAAUGCCACAAAUUAUCAGGACAAGAACGUGCGCCAGAGGAACGCAAAUUAAGCAGAGGACAAGGUGACAUGACAGCUAAGCAGAUCGCUUCGGUGUACCUUCCACCCGUACUGUGCGGUAGCACCAAGAAUAUUCUAGCGCAUCGUCGCAAAGAUCAAUUCACUUCACUUUUUAAGAGAAAGUUAAAAUCGUAGAGUAAAAGAUUUCUUCUUCUUUUUUAAAAAAAGGAACAAAACCCAGUCUUUUUUUACCCAUAAGUUUUAACACUCCCCCUAUUGUUUCGUGUGGUUUUAUUUCUGGUCCUUUUUGCCACAAUUCUCACUGUUGAGCCUCGGGUGUUGGGGAGGGAACUUAGGAAAAGAAAAUCCAUGCGACGGAAGGUGUGUUUGAAGGGACAGCUAAGGUCCACCUUCCUCUCUUGGCCUCCCUGCCACCCCCGAGUCAGUGGCUUCUUUCUCUAGCUGCAAACCACAGGAGGAGCUGCUGAAAAGUGGUCCCACUUCAACGGGGCAGUAGAGUGAGGCUUGUCUCCCAACCCUUUUUUUAAGAAUGACUCUCAAGUUUGGGAAGGACACCAUGCCCGGUGGUCAGCAACUCGCUUGGCCAGGAUAAGACGGAGGGAGCGAAAGGCAAAGGGAGAAAGCUUUGUAUCUCCUUCUGUCACAAAAAAUCUCUUUUGACCCCUUGCAGCUUUCUCCUGUGACCCCUUUCCACCCUACAAAAAAGUACGUACAUAUAAUUGUGCCAUGGAGGCUCAGAAGUGAGCAGCAAUUUCCUCUCCCUGUUCCCUCAAAGCUUGAAGCCAGAGCUGGGCUGGGGGGUUGCUGACGCAUUUAAUUUCCUUUUCAUCUGUUGCUGCUGGUGGUGGCACUGUUGUGGGGCUGGCAGAUAGUGGGGGGUGUUAAAUGGCUUCUUCCACUUGCCCAGGGGUCUGCAGCGGCUAGGACCAGGACACCCCCAAGUACCUGGGCCAUUCUCAUUCAGUGGCUCUCCAGAGCCUGAAAGGAGAAGAGAUUCACGGGGCGGCCCCCUUUGUGCGGAUACUGUUGGAAAUAGUUUUGCUUGUUUCAAAACGAGCUCCAAAUAAAGCAGACUCACUUUUUUCCCCCUC